UCAUAAUCGACCUCAGAUUCAGUGAUCUGCUAUGAUCCAUGCUUUCAUCUUACAAUGGAGAAGCCUGUUGGUGCUUUACAAGAGCAAGCUUUAAAAAGAAAGGAAAGAUUAAAAGCGUUACGAGAUCGACAGCUUCAAGGCCGGGCACCUGAGGAUGGAGAGCCUGAAAGCAAAAGAGCCCUGGAGGAGUCUGAAGAAGAGCAGAGACACAGAGAGCUAAAGCUGAGGAAUUACACCCCAGAGGAUGAGGAACUGAAGGAGAGACAGGUGCCCAAAGCAAAACCUGCAUCAGUGGAGGACAAGGUCAAAGAGCAGCUGGAAGCAGCAAACCCAGAGCCUGUUAUUGAGGAAGUGGAUUUAGCCAAUCUUGCCCCCAGAAAGCCAGACUGGGAUCUGAAGAGGGACGUUGCCAAGAAGCUUGAGAAAUUAGAGAGGCGAACACAGAAAGCCAUUGCUGAACUUAUACGUGAGCGGCUCAAGGGCAGCGAGGAAGAGCUGGCGGGAGCAGUCGGAGCAGUUGCCGUGGAAGAGGACUCGGAAUGACCUGACAGAUUGUCUAGAUUUUCAGUUUCCAGAUAUAGCGGCAGAUAACAUGAGCUUACAACCAGAUGUGUUUGUGUGGAAUGAGAGAAUGAGAUACAGAAAGAAUGAGAAAGGAGGUUUUGCUUUAUAUGGUUUGUUGUGGAGUACACAGAGAAGAUUAAGUGUUUUAUUUGAGGUGUGCAAGUAAACAAACCUUUUUCUAAAUUGACUUUGUCUUAUUCCUGCCUAUCUGGCCCUUAUAAUGAAAGCACUCUUGAAAUUCAUUGGUUGAAUGCUGGUAAAUUGACACUCUUAAUUCUCUUUAUCAUUUGUAUAUGAAUUAAAUGAGACAUUUUAUUGUCGUACACAAUGAAAACAAAACAUUAUUUCAAGAGUAUAAGGGUAUUUGCCUUUAAACAGCUUCAGUUGAAAGAUACUACUUGUAAAUUACAAUAAAUCCGUUUGGAUCUAAAGUUGACUACAAAUCGAAAAAAGUACAUAUACCCCCAAACAGGAGUUUUCAUUUGGGGUGAACUUGGUUUUCAAGGCAAGGUUGAUCUAUGUUGAAUAUGCAUAUGGUCUAAAGAACGGCUAAUGGGAAACACAACUAAUAGUGUAUCUAGCUCAACUGGUACAACAUUGCAUUAGCCGUUCAAAGGUAAUGGGUUUAGACCUCAAGAAAUACACUGAUAUAAAUGUGUAUAUUGAAUGCACUGUAAGUUGUUCUAGAUAAAAGCGUGUAACAAAUGCAUAAUGUAAUUUCGGAAACAAACAUCUUUAUGUUUAGUAUUGAUAUGGUUAUAGUGUCAGCUAGUUUUGCAUUGGAAGUAUGUCUUUGAGAAUAAAGUGCAUUCCUUACCUCCCACAAGAACAUGACUGUGACAUUUCAAAGACAUUUAACGUCGAAUGUAAGCUUAUCCUAAACAUAGUUAAUACUUAUAAGAUUAUCCAUUGAAAUAUAUUGAUAUAAUCAAUAAUAAAAAUAUACAUAAUUUCAAUUUAGUAUAAAGGUGUCCUACCAAGGCCAAAACCAAGCCAAAAUACUUUCCACUAAGAGGUGCUAUUGCACAUAAUGUUGUACAGUACUUUACAUUCGUCAUCAACUUCUGUAGAUGUUUUCAUCCAAAUGUUCCUCCAAGGAUCACGUUCAGUCAAUCUCCACCUGUUAGUACCUCGCCAUCAAAAACAUUCCUUUAAAGCUUGCAAAUGUUGGUCUUGUAUAAAUAAAUCUCCAUGUUAUUGUUAUAAACAAUAGAUAUGGUAGUCCACAAUGACCACACGCAAACAAUUAAAACUCAUUUGGCCAGUAGUUCCUAGACUGCAUUUAUAUUCUACCAAUAAUUUCACUUAUUUUGACUAAAUAACAGUAGACGCAAGCAUUACACGUUAUGAAAAAUGAUACAGUGGUGUGUUUUUGCGAAGUUCACUAACAUUUCCACACAAAUCUUCCCUGGAGAUUAUUUUCUGUGAUUGCUACGGUAUAAAUUUACAGUGAGGAAGAGCUUAUCUGGAUACGCCUGAUGCCAGGUGAGAUUUUAACAUGCACGUCAGCUGGUGGAGACAACCCAUUGCCGUGUAACAGAAAGUUGGAACUCGAGUGAUCCCAUAUUUGUUCUCAUCGCUGUAAUGGGGCAUCAUUGAAGCUUCCAGAAUUGUAGCCCUUGAAUAGGAUUGGAUGCCUCGGGCUGGAGCUGAAGACUAAAAAGCUUGUUCAGCUACAGUUGAGUUGGGAUUUCAUGUCUUGUGGUUACUGGAGG